UGGGUCGGAGCCGCUGUCUGUGGUGCCCCACGUUCCCCUCGAAAUUUUCUGUUUUAAUUUAGAUGCCCUGUCCCCAAUUCGGCCUUUAGCGAUACCAAGUAAAGCACAUCAUAGGACAUCUUGAUACUAACGUUAGAAUAAUUAUUUCUUGGAAAUUAUAGCAUUUAUCCAGAAAAUGGCGGUGGUAAGCGGGUUGGCUGGGCCGGCUGUUGCCCGGCUCGAGGGCCGUGAAUUCGAAUACAUGAUGAAAAAGCGCUCGGUAACCAUAGGGAGGAACUCGUCGCAAGGCUCUGUGGAUGUGAGUAUGGGUCAUUCCAGCUUUAUAUCCCGAAGACAUCUUGAAAUCUUCACAGCCGGCGAGGAUGGCACAGGCAGCGGUGACUUCUACCUGCGUUGCCUUGGCAAAAAUGGGGUGUUCGUGGAUGGGGUGUUCCUGAGGCGAGGUGCAGCUCCUCUUCAGCUUCCAAGAAUGUGCACCUUCCGUUUCCCCAGCACCAACAUCAAGAUCACCUUCACAGCGCUGUCCAGCGUGAAGAGGGAAAAGCGUGAAGCCCCCGAGUCGCCCAUCAAGUCUGUGCAGCCGCAGAUCUCGCCCCUCACCAUCAACAUCCCAGACAACAUCGCCCACCUCAUGAGCCCUCUGCCGUCCCCCACGGGGACCAUCAGCGCGGCCAACUCGUGUCCGUCCAGUCCGCGGGGCGCCGGCUCCUCCGGCUACAAAAUAGGCCGCAUCACCGCCUCCGACCUGCAGCUCAUCGACAACUCGCAGUCGGAGAACGACAAGGAGGCCUCAGGUGGAGACAGUCCCAAGGACGACUCUAAACCCCCGUACUCGUAUGCACAGUUGAUCGUCCAGGCCAUAACGAUGGCCCAGGACAAGCAGCUGACACUAAACGGCAUCUACACACACAUCACCAAGAAUUACCCCUACUACCGGACUGCAGACAAGGGCUGGCAGAAUUCCAUCCGGCACAACCUGUCGCUGAACCGCUACUUCAUCAAAGUGCCACGUUCCCAGGAGGAGCCGGGCAAGGGCUCGUUCUGGAGGAUCGACCCGUCGUGCGAGGGCAAGCUCAUCGAGCAGGCCUUUAGGAAACGACGCCCACGGGGCGUCCCUUGCUUCCGCACCCCACUGGGACCACUCUCCUCCAGGAGCGCCCCGGCCUCUCCGAACCACUCGGGCGUUCUCUCGGCCCACUCCAGCGGGGUGCAGACCCCGGACAGCCUGUCCCGCGAGGGCUCCCCUGUCCCCGGGGAGUCUGAGCCCGCCCCUGCCCCGGCUCCGGCCCCGCCUCCCGCCACAGCAGUGCAGCCCAAACUCGCCGUCAUACAGGAAGCACACUUUGCCCAGAGCACGGCAGGCUCACCUCUGGGCAGCCAGCCGGUGCUCAUCACUGUGCAGCGGCAGCUGCCGCAGUCGGUGAAGCCGGUGACGUACGCGGUGGCGACGCCGGUCACCUCGGCCGCGUCCCAGCCGCAGCUCAUGCAGACGGUGCACGUGGUCCACCAGCUGCCCGCCACCGUGGCCGUUAGCAGCGUGGCCACGCUGGCCGCCGCCGCCAACACCUACACGGUCACCAACGCCAACGCCCUCGCCACCAUCAAGAGCGAGCCGCACGAGAACGGGGACCACGCCGAGGCCAAAGUGAAAGUGGAGGCCAUGCCCACCAUUACCCAUACUGCCCUGGGCUCGGCCGGCCGCAUCAUCCAGGGCAGUGCGUCGGCUCAGCCCCUGCAGACGGUCACCAUAGUGCAGCAGGCGCAGCUGGGCCACCACCAGCUGCCCAUCAAACCCAUCACACAGAACGGCACCCACUUGCUGCCCAUCGCCACUGCCAUCCAGGCCACCGCCAGCCCAGUAGGAGCCACCGCAGUGGCCAGUCCCCUGCACAUGCUGGCCACCCACGCGUCCGCCUCGGCCUGCCUCCCCACCAAGCGGCAGAACGGCGAGCGCGAGUCUCCGUCCGGCGGCGGGCAGCCCGAGUCCAAGCGCCUGAAGACGGACCCCGACGGCGACGGCGCACCCAACUCCGGCCCAGCGGCGGCGCAGCCGUCGGCCGACACAGACGCAGCAGCCACCGCCGCCGCCAGCGAGUAGUCUCUUCUCGAACCCCCCACGCCCACACACACACACACCCAUACACACCACCACCCACAUCCACCAUCUCUCUCUCUCUCUCUCUCUCUAUCUCUGUCGGUCACUCUCUCCUCCCUCAUUUUUCUCUCUUUCUCUCUUUCAUUCACUUGACCUGUCCUGUCUUCUCCACCACUUAUCUUCCAUCAACCCCACAAGGUGCCAAAUGGAGAAGAUUUUUUUUUUUUUUUUGUUACGUUGGAAUAUAUUACAGGACCCCAGGACCCUUAACAGUGAUAAUUUUCCAUAAGAAGAAAACAGGGAAGAUGAGGACCACCUUAAGAAUAAAACAGAACCGCCCAAAGCCCCCGCCCCACACGCACACACACACACACACACACACACACCCCAUCCCCCCCACCCCUCUCCUGCUGUGAGCCAAGCCUGGCCAUCACGGCCCCUGAGCAGAACAGCCCUAACGGGACGCCUUAAUCACCUGGACGUGAACACUGGGCAGUGAGCGAGGGCGAUCUCCACAACCCCACCCAAUACCCCACCCACUACCCCAUACCAAUCCAACCCCAAAACAACCCCCACCACCGCCACCACCAUCUUGCUGCCCCUGGACCCUUAAGGAGCCUCCAUCGGCCGCCUUCCCCCAACCAACCAACCCCUCCCCAGGCCUGAGGAGAGGCGGCCAACCGGUAGCAUUUUCUAAUAGCAGCAGCCUCACUGAGAGGGGCCAGAACCCUCAACCAGGACCUCGAUUCCGAACCAGAACUCGUGCGUUUAGCUCAAAGGGAUCAAAAGCACCAUUUCCUGGCAGCUAGCCUCCUGGUGAACUCCAGACGGAUCCACACAUUUCCCCCCCGGUCGGAUCCACACAUUUCCCCCCCGGUCGGAUCCACACAUUUCCCCCCCGGUCGCAGCUUUUUAAAGUAGGACUGCAGUAUUUUGUUGUUCAGACAUGAAGCAUAGGAACUUUUUUUUGUUGUUUUUUGUUGUACUUUCAUUUCUAUAGAGUAAAUGAGUAACAACAAGAAACUAUUCUAUUGGCAAGAACACAUGAUGAAGAUGGUGGUGGUGCAUUGACAUUUGAAAAAAAAAAGAACUUUGAAAAAAAAAAUGAAAAAAAAAACACAACUCGCAGCAUUUCUAUGUGGACUUAAGGUUUUAAUUCCAGUCUUUUUUCGGUUCAGUGAAACUGAGUGUAGUUUCUUUUCUAUGAUAAAAAAAAAAUAACCAUAUAAGGAGGUUUUUUUGUUGUUUAGUUGUUUUCGUUGUCACCGUUGCUGCCGAAUCGGGUUAGGUCUUGUGUUGUUACACCUCCCUACAUGUUUUCAUACUUGCACAGAUAACUGAGAUAAACCAUUACGUGAUUGCCAUGUGUAGUUAUUCGGACGCUUCGUCAAGCUUGCAUGUACCAGACUAGAGAAGAAUCUGAGCCGGUAAUAACUAUACAUUUAACUGAACAGAAGAAGAUAAAAAAAAAAAAACCUGCUUCGAAUCAGACCGAUCUGCACUUGAUUUAAAUGUUCUUGUUUUUUUAAUGACUUUUAUUUUAGUUGUUUUUGUUUACUUCCCCUGCGGUUGUUUUCCUUGGCUGUUGUGGGCUCCAUGGUGUUAGCAGACCCUUGCUUGAAGACUCCUCUCCCGACCUCAGUCCCCCCCCCCCCCCUUUUCUGUUCCCCUGCUCUGGCGCGUCUGUCCUCAAGAUUGUAUGUGUUCACCGCGAAAGGCAAAAAAAUAAGCGAUCGAUGUUUGUUCUGCUUCAGUGGGUAAAAAAUGCUUUUUUUAUAAAUUAAUUUAAAAACCUUAUCAACCUCAGAACUGGCUGUGUUUCCUUGCAUUUGUUCACACAACCUUAAGAUGACCUCUACGUUUGUAGUGGGUGUGGUGAUGUUUUCAAAUCAUUUCGGAAGUAUUUUAAUUGAGCCAAGGCAAAUUGUAUUUAAAGAUAAGAGCGUUUGCUUUGUGAUAGUAAACGCUGGGUUGAUUUCAACGCCACGGUUACAAAAAAAAACAACUACCUGAGCCUAAAAGACCUUUUUUUUCUGGUCAUCAAAGUAAGUGAUCCAAGGCCAAUACAAACACAGAAAUAUUUUAUUAAUCUCAAGUCAGUGGAGACUCACAAAUAUUAAACAGAGACUGUAUUUGAAUUUCAAUAAAUACAACUAUCAUAUGUCCCAUGAA